AGUAUUGGAAGUGGUUUUCAGCAGCCUUUUGAAAAUAAGCAAAAAGUUCUUUGUUUAAAGGCAGUCACAAUGGCUCGAAAAACGUAUAUAUGGCCUUAUAUGAAGCGUUCCUUCUUGCUCUUCUCUAUAAAACCCCAAUCGCUGAACGACUCGCUUAUCAAGAUACAACAUGAUGCGAAAGAUUUUGUCUAAAUCAGAUGAAGCCGAGUCUGAGAAACAUAUAUACCUUCAGGCAUUCGUGUCCUUUGAAAUUUGCAAACAAGACGAAGAAACAGGAUUCAAGUUCCAACCUGGCGACACAUACUUUUCGUCAAAAAAGCUGCUGGAUAUUCUCGAACAAGGAGACGCAUAUCAAUGUUUUGGAAAUAAUGUUUUGGUACCUACUUUCCUGAUCCUCCGUUCCAUAGUAACUUGUCUAAGCAAAGUGACUCCGACGACGCCAACAAGAAGGCGCUCAUCAAAGACCAAGCUUUUACGAGGGGCAUCCAAUUCUUAUAUGCACUUCAACGGGUUCUUUCGCAAAAUAAUUACUUAUGCUAUACCAGAGUAUCGUCCUUCAGAUGUUUCCAAGCUUAUUGCGGCUUUGUGGAGGGCAUCAUCUCAGGAAACCAAAACUAUCUUUCAAAGAAAGGCUGAGCAGCAGAAAUUAAUCUGGAAGGACCUCGAGAGCAAAUACCCUAAUAUUUCACUCUCCAAGAGAUACAAGAGAAGAAAUGGUCGUUUUGUAGAUCAAUCUCUCGACAAUGAUUUAAGAAAUGAACGCACGAAGAACGGGAAUGGACUGGCUCUUUUCUGUGGUGUGUCUUCUGAUGACAAUGUGGAGGAUUACAUUGCCAUGAGCCUUGCGACAGUUUCUUGCGACACCAAAACCAACGAUGAAGAAGAAAUCGGCUGCGAAAAUGUGCUAAUGGCUAACAAUAAUCAAGAUAGUAACGCGAGUAACGCAUGUCAGAUAAUGUCUUGGGUGGACAGUUGGAACGCUUGGGAAUGGCAGAGCAAUGAAGUCGAUUUAGUAUCCUGGAGUCGUGCUUCAACUGAUCUAUCGAUUUACCUUGGAAACAUUUAUCAGAACUCUUAUCAGCCUUUGGAUUCCAUUUACUUUAAUGAUACAAAUUACGAGCCUCGUGGGUAGUAGACAAUGGCAUCAAAAUUUCAAGUUACUGCAGAUUUCUUUC